AUGGCUGCCUCAUCCAACUCGAGCAACGCGGGCACAGCGUCACCUCGCUGUGGCCGGCCGUUGACGACUUCAUAUGCCGACCUCAUGAAGCCCGACGAGGACUGGAGGAAUCUCCCUGAUGCCGCCGAACGCCGCAAGAUCCAGAACCGCCUCGCCCAACGCGCAUACCGCCGUAACAUGAGAGAUAGGACCAAGGAGGUGGAGAAGCUCAAGAAGCAGCUGCAAGAACUGCAAGGAACCCUCGGCCAGAACGGUAACACGACACCGCCCCCCGACCAUGAUUCACCACCGGGAAGCAACAUGGCCAGCGGCCACAACACGCCACCCAUGAGCACAGCUGCGCCCUACAUGGCAACUUGGUCGCAACUGACUGGCCACGAAAACCUGAGCGGCCUCGGCCUGACUGGCGUCGAUGCGAGCUUCGAUCCGUCCUUCUUCGGCAGUGAUGUCAUGACUGGAAUGGUUACACCGCCGUCGUCUUCAGCUGGUUCUCGCCCGCGCGCAACCACAGCCUCGUCAGUCCUGCAAAACACCAUCCACGGUGCUCGCCACCUCCGCAGCAACAGCUCAGGAGCGAUGAUGGGCUCAAACUGCUCAAGCCCCAUGCCCAAUCAGUGGUCCGCUCCGACCUCAGAGCGCAGAGACUCGCUGACGAUCGGGUCCAUGUCUUCCACAUCGAGCCCGAUGCUUGCUGUUGCCGGUCAGGAGACUUUUGGAUUGAGCUGCAGCCCCGAAGACGUUUCGUUCAUGCAGGCGAGACCCAGCUUCUCCCUCGACGAGAGUCUCGGACAGGUCUCCUACCCGCCACCCCCUGAUGUUGGCGCUCAAGCAGCCUGGCAGGGCAUGGAUCCCAGGACGAUCUCGCAGCCCAACUUCACUCAUGACGUUCCCAUGGCUGAGCUUCCUGACAUGACCCCAAACAUGCCCGAGACUUCUGCACCACUGCUGCACUUUGCCAUUGCCAGCGGAAGCCGCGACACUCUGCGGAUCUUGCUGCAACGCCACGAUGUCGACAUCCAGGCUCGCGACCAGGUCGGCUACACGCCUCUCCAGCGGGCAGUGGCUUGCGGCCGGACGGACAUGGUGCAGACGCUCCUCGACCAUGGAGCCACAAUUGACGGCGACCAUGUUCUACACGACGCCUUCCUGCCGUCCAAUUCCGACACGCAGUCGUAG